AUGGUUGCUUAUGAUGGAAAGCCAUUUACCAAAGAACUUCUUCUGUCGGAUAAUAUUGUUAAUAUGAACUUAAUUAAUUUUGCUGGUGAUAACACACAAAUUGGAGAACAAUUAGUUAUUCCAUUUACAUGGAAUUAUCUUACAGUAUCUGCAAAAGGAUCAUACACCGACUUUCAAAUUGGUUUUGGUGGCUCCUGUAUCUGGAUCAGCAUAAUUUUUGGAAAGAAAACACGUUGGCUCAUACCACCAACUGAUUAUAAUAUUAGUGUUUAUGAAUUAUAUUUAAAAGAUUCAUCGGUUCAAUUUGAUUAUAUGCUCACCAUUUUUUAA